AACACAAACUAGUUUGAAAUCUUAGCUGGGAAUGGCUUGUAGCCACAACAGUUAACACGUGUUCGUCUCCCUUUAUCAUGGCCGUUUCCUGUUAUCAUGGCAACCCCACUAGAAAACCAUCUUAUUGGGCUGUGUGACGGAGCUAUUGAUAACAAGAGGAAAAACCCUUCAACAUUUCUGACAAACAAAAUCGGAGGUGAACCGGACCGGCUUCCUGCUGUAUUUCUGAGGUAUCCAAGCUGUUCUCUAUGCAGUUCCCCUCUUGCACAUGUUGUGCAGGUGUAUUGCCCUCUUGAGGCCUCUCCCUACCAUCGGACCGUAACUGUAUUUGCCUGCGCAAACUCCGACUGCCAUGGGAAAUGUGACAGCUGGAAGGUGCUGCGCUCACAGUGCCUGGAGUCAGACAUCAGGUCCUCCACAGAGGGGGCAUGGGUGGAGGCCACAGCUGGGCAGGAAGUGCCCAUGGCUAGCACUGACUGGUGUGACGAUGCCGACGACUGGGGUGUGGAAGAAGAUAGUGGUGAAACAUUGACCGCCAGUCAAACUCCAUCUACUACUGCUACUGAAGCUGCUCCAGAUGUCAGCUGCCAGCUACAGAGCCUCAGUAUCAGCACAGUGGAGGACCCUCAGGUCAAGGGCCCAAUCUUCCAACCCUUCUAUAUCAGUGUAGUGGAGGAGUCUGACUUUGCCUGGGACAGUGGCAUGGAGCAUGCUCAAGAGCUGCUGCAAGAGUAUGAGCAACGAGAGGGUGCGACUGUGGCGGAGCUUGGAGGCUGUGAAGGAGGAGAAGGAGAAAGGUAUGAGAAAACAGAGGCCAGACACGGGGAUGCAGUCUUCACUGAUUUCAUGAAGAAGAUCUCUCUAUGUCCUGAACAGGUUUUAAGAUACUGUAGAAAGGGCUCACCAUUGUUCAUCUCCAAACCACCUUCUGAUGUAAAGCAGAUUGUUCCACCAUGCAGUCACUGUGGAAGUUCUAGAACAUUUGAAUUCCAACUUAUGCCAGCACUUGUCAGUUUGCUCCGCAUUUAUGAUCCAAACUCAGAGCUGGCUGUGGAAUUUGGAACAGUCUUAGUUUACACCUGCCAAAGCAGCUGCUGGAUAUCAGGCUCAAGUUCACCUAUGGAGGAGUUCGCUUUUGUACAGGCAGAUCCUGACCAGAAGCUCUUUAAAUGACAUCACUGUUUUAUUGACCAUCUGCCAUCUGUCUUCACUGAGAAAUACAACAAUUAUUGGUGACUCAAGGAACUUUUGGACUUUUUGCAAAUGCAUAAAUAAAUGAACAAAACAUUUAUAAA